GUGCUGUGUGCUUCCCCCAGGCUGAGGGAUCCUGGAGCCGUAUCCCUUAUGGAGAGCAUCGACAGCAAAUCUGAGAAGCCUGUGUCCAUGAUCUGGGGGUGUGAGUUGAGCAGCGAGCAGGACUCCUACACCUUCCAGGUACCGGAGGAAUGGCAGUGUGAGCAGCAGCUGGCCCUGCGGACGAUCUGCCUGGGAGAGAUGGCACGGGAUGAGUUCCACGUGGUGGAGAUCGUGCUGGCUGAGGGGGGUGCCCGCUCCCCGGUACCCUUGGCCACGCUGAAGCCUUCUGUGCUGCCCAUGGCCACCCUGAUGGGAGUGGAGCUGACACCUCCAGUCACCUUCCACCUGAGAGCCGGCUCCGGCCCCGUCUACAUCAGCGGGCAGCACGUCUCCAUGAUGUCCAACCUGUCCUGGGAUGAGGAAGAGGAAGAGGAGGAUGCUGAGGAAGAGGAACCAGCAGAGGAGUCCCCCAAGAAGCCCCCCAAGGGCCAAGCUGACAAGAAGGGCAAUGCUGCCAAGAGGAGGCUGGAGAAGGAGGAUGAGCUGAACAACAUCUCCCCCGAGGACCCCCUUCCCAGCAAGGGACGAGGAGCUGACCGGGGCAGGGAGGCAGCAGCGAAGAAGUAGCAGGAGCUGUGGCAGAGCCCAGCCAGGUGUAGAAGAGCCUGGAAAGCUGCUGGUUUGGUGUUGUCCUUCCCCAAUAAAG